GACCCCAGACUGAGCAGGCCCAGCAGAAAUCUUUGCAGGCAGUGAUGUCAUGCACAGAGAGCCCCUCAGAGGGCGCUGUGGCUCACGCAGCCGAGCAGCGGUGGGAGAUACGGAAUGAGGGCCACGCAGAAGGGUUCUUUGCGGCAGCUUGCCAGCUGAGAGACCAGCACCAGCUUGUGGAUGUGACUGUGACCCUAGGCCAAAGGAACUACAAAACCCACGGUGCACUCCUUGCUGCAGUCAGCUCCAUGUUCCGGCAGCGUUUAGAGUGCAGGGUGCAAGGGGUGGUGGAGCUGGAUGGUGUGACCACACCACGUGGCUGGGAGGCCAUUGUGAAUUUUGCCUACACUGGGAUAUUGGAGGCCACGCCAGAGGUGGCUGAGGAAGUAUUAGAAGCAGCUGAAGCACUGGGCGUCCCUCGUGUGGCCAAUAUCUGCAAGGCAGUAUUGAUUGGGACAGACACAGAGGAUGGGCUGAGCCCAUCAGAAGAGAAAUGGGAGACUCUGCGGAGCCUUGAGGAGCUUUAUGAAGAAGGCAUUGGCUGGGACCUGGAGCUUACGGCUGAGGGAGAUACUUACCAAGUUCAUCGCCUGGCCUUGGCCUGUGGCUGCGAGUUCUUCUAUGGCAUGUUCACCAGUGGCAUGAGGGAAUCUCGUCAGGCGGAUGCCCCUCUCUGCACCCGUUUCACCUCUGCUGAUCUGGGUGUGGUCAUCUCCUUUGCAUACUCGGGAAUGCUGGCGGGCGGAUGGGAUGACCUCUUCGAUGCGGCACAAGCUGCGCUUCAGUACCAGGUCUCGGGGAUCUUGGAACUCUGCCUGGAUUUCUUCCAUCAAAAACUGAGCCCCGAAUCCAGCUUGGACAUCCUCUCCUUUGCCUGUGCCUAUGGCCUGCAUGAGUUGGAAAAGGCUGCCGAGAACUUUGUAUUAAGGAACUUUGUCCACGUCUGUGCCACACCCAAGUUCCUAGACCUCCCGGUCAACCAGCUGGUAGGCUUCCUAAGCUCUGAUGCCCUCUACAUCCUCAAUGAAUUAGAAGCCUUCCAGGGAGCCAUCCGCUGGCUGGACGCUGACCGAGCUGGACGGAUGGAUUACGCUGAGAAAAUCUUACGCUGCAUCAGGUUCCCCUUGAUGUCCACCCGGGAGCUCAAGCAAGUGCGUACGAUAGACAUGAUGGCUGCCCCAGGUCGACUCUAUAGCCUCAUGGUGGAAUCGUUGUCCAGCAUCCCGCCAGGCCCUUCCAAGAUGGAGCAACUUCCUUGUCGAGUGAGGUACCCGGAGAAGGUGAUUGUCAUUAGUGGAGGAGAUACCCUGGCAAAGAACAUGGCCACUCGCAGCCCCAGCCGGGAUUUCUGGUUCUCCCACCGCUUCCUCAACGGCAUCGGAUUGGUCAAACAAGUGGAGUGGCGCAGUCUCGGGGAGCUCCCAGAAGGGCCGCGUUUCCGGCACGCUGUGGCAGUCAAGGACAAUAUGAUGUACAUCUUUGGGGGAAAGCACUUCUACGGCAUCCGGGACACCAUGAGCUCAGUGUUCAGGUUCAAACCCCUCGGCGGCACCUGGGAGCGCCUGGCUGACAUGACCAGUUGCCGAAGCUACUUCCCCGCUGUCUUCCUGGAGGGGCUCUUCUACGCGCUGGGAGGCAGCUCCAACGACGCCUACUGCCUGGACACCGUGGAAGGCUAUGACCCCGAGAACAACACCUGGAGGCCCUGUGAGCCCCUGCCUGCUAUGCUCUGCGGCCACGCAGCCUGCGUCUUGGACGGAUCCAUCUACGUCUCCGGUGGAAGCGAUGGCUCAUGCCGCUGCCACACAACCCUGAUCCAAUAUCGCCCAAGGGCCCCUCCCAUCCCUCUGGCCACCAUGCGGGAAGAACGGGCGGGCCACGCCAUGGAAGCGCUGGGCGGGCGGCUCUACGUGGCAGGCGGCCUGCGCUGGCGGGACGGCCACGGCGGCUACGCCGACCAGCUGGCCUGUGAGGUGUACAGCCCAGGCCCAGACGUGUGGGUGGCCCUCAGUCCUCUGCCACAAGCCCACGUCAUCGCCGCCUCGGUUGUCCUGCAGGGGGAGCUCUACAUCCUGGGAGGUUACAGCCACAACACCUACCGCGACACCCACCUGAUUCACUGCUACAAUCCAAGCCACGACCGCUGGGUCAGCGUAGGGACGCUGCCUCAGCCUUAUGCUGACCUCAGGGCCUGCAUCUUGGACGUUCCUCCCUCACUCAGGAAGAAGCAGCCCUUGCUCCCAGACGCUCUCAAGAUGGAAACCCCUUAUCUCUCAGAAGAGUUGCACUACGAACACUCCUGA